UACUUUAAUAUAGGUUAGAGGCAGACGAGUUUUCUUCGAAGCAGAGGAAGUAACCUCAAAUUUCCGCCAAAUCCCAAAAGUUAGUUAACUUUAGAUCAGAUUUCAAGGUUGAAAAUGAGGCUGUUCACUUCCUUGAUGGGCGUCAAGCAAAAGGCCCGAGCUAGGCCCCAAGAGCCAGUACCAUUUAAGGAGAUUUUGCCCCUCAAACUGAAACCGGGUGUCUCGGGGAAAGGCAACAAGAUGUCGAACCUAAGUUGCCUCUACGAAAUGUCGAUUUUAUUCGCAUGUCUUUCAAACAGCGAGUUCCAACAGCAACCAUGCGGCAAAGAAAUCACAUCGUUUCAAAAGUGCUACUCCACCUACACGUCCGAUAAGAAGCAAAAGUCGGAGCGGGAUAUGAAAGGGAUUUUAACUCCAGGUGAACGCAAUCUAUCUGCCAAGCAACUAAACAUGUUGCUGAAACGAUAUCCUUCGUAGUCUUUACUCGUGUCAGUAUAAUAGAAAGCGUUCGAUAUAGGUACUGACCUAGUUAGCACAAUAAAAUGACGAAUUUAGAUACUAAACAGA